AUUAUUAGUUCCUUUGUGUCCUUUGGUUUUUCGGUUAAAAUACGAGUUGAUUUUGAGUUAUUUUAUUAUGGUGUAAGAAUGUAAGGGUGAAGCAAUUUAGUGUUAACAAUGAAAUUAUUAAUCGUGAUGCUUAGAAGGAAUUUAUGUAUAAAAUAGCAUACAAGCUGUUAUUAUGAAAAUAUGAAAUACCAUCUUAGUUGGAUAUUACAUCUCUUGUACAUAAUUGUAUUCUUUUCUGACAAUGUGUAUACCUCUACACCGUUCUACACCAGCUCCCAGAAUCUGUUCAACUCGCUAACGUACGGUCAUAACGCAAACAUUCGACCAGACAGUAAUGUUAGGGUGUCCGUAUCCCUAGCUGUUACCUCCGUCAAUUAUCUGGACAUCGGAACUGGGAAAUUUUCUGUGACAGGCUGGUUUUCUGUGUCAUGGGUAGACACUGCUUUUGUAUGGACACCUAGCAAUCAUGGAAAUGUGGAUUAUUUGUUUCUUACUAAAGAAUAUUGCUGGAAACCACAGCUUGCUGUAGAGAAUACGGCGGAUGAAUUUGAGAUUUUAGAUGACGUAUCGCAGCAAAUGCGGGUAGAUAGUUCCGGUUCAGUUGUUUGGGAACCAGGUGGGGUAUUUACAGUGCAUUGUGAGGUUGACCCGACAUAUUUCCCAUAUGACAGACAGACCUGCUAUAUACGUUUGACAAGUGCUGCCUAUGACAACACGGAGGUAACUCUGUCACAUAACUCUACCAGCAUAAAACUGGACAAUGUUAUCGACCAUGACGAAUGGACUGUGUUUGAAACAACUACAGAGACUGAAGAUCAGCUUGACCUUCACGGAAAAUUCCCGAAAACAUUGCUAAAAUUCACAUUUAAACUUCAGCGCAAUUGUUCAUUUUAUUUGUGGAUGUUGCUUGUCCCGUAUUUUCUGGUAUCAAGCCUCGGUUUGGUUGUCUUUAUACUUCCGUCAACAAAGGGAGAAAAAUCUUCAUUUUCCUUACGCAUAAUUAUACUCGAUGUUAUCUCCCUGGCAAUGUUUACCUCACUAAUCCCGCUUACCAAGGGCAAGCUUCCUGCAAUUAGUAAGUAA